AUGACAACUUCGAAAGUUUUGAGUGUUUUUUUCUUUGUGCUGUUAGGUUUCGGUAUAUGCUCUGCCGCUAGAACACUCCUUACCUUUGGUGGAGGUUAUGGCGUUGAUGUGAGUGGAGGUGGAGGUUAUGGAGGUGGUGGAGGUGGAGGUGAUGGUGGUGUAGAUGGAUAUGGAGGAGGAGCUGGUGGAGGUGAAGGUGGUGGUGAAUAUGGAGGUGAUGGUAUUGUUGGUGGUGGUGGAGGAAGUGGAGGUGGCGGAGGUGGUGGGGUGGUUGAAGGUGGUGGAUAUGGUGGAGGGGCUGGCAAAGGUGGUGGAGAAGGAUAUGGCGGUGGUGGUGCACAUGGUGGUGGUUAUGCUGGUGGGGGUGGAGGUGGUAGCGGGGGUGGUGGAGGUGGUGGUGCUGGGGGUGCUGGUGGUGGUUAUGGAGGUGGAGAAGGAGGCGGAGCUGGAGGUGGACAUGGUGGAGAACAUGGAGGAGGAUAUGGAGGUGGAGGUGGAAGUGGAGGUGGCGGAGGAGGUGGAGCACAUGGUGGUGGAUAUGGUGGUGGGGAAGGAGCAGGUGGUGGAUAUGGGGGUGGAGAAGCAGGUGGUGGUGGGGUAGGUGGUGGUUCUGGUGGAGGUGGAGGUGGUGGAGGUGCCCAUGGUGGAGGAUACGGUGGUGGUGCUGGAGGUGGGGAAGGUGGUGGCCACGGUGGAUAUUAUCCUUGA